AUCAUACUUUGUUCCAGACUUUAAUGCAGAUUGUACGUCAGCAGUACAGCUAUUGUGGAAAGGGUUUGUGUGUGUGUGUUGAGUUGGUGAGGACCACAACUUUCAGGGCGACGGCAGGGGGAACUUUAGAGGAAGUUAAGAACUCCUCCUAAAUCUGACUCAACAUUCCUCUUCUGCAGCCCUCUAUCAAAAGGUUUUGGAGCUCAAACGUGUGUGAGGACAGAGAGAGCACAGAGUGGAUACUGGGAACUGGGAAAAGGAAAGUAAUUCCAAGAAGAUCACUGAAGAGUACCGACUCGAAGACACCAAAGCUGAAAGGAAAACCGAUUUGUCCCUCAUCACCCAGAAGCCAUGGGCUUCCUGCUCAUAUUCCUCACCAUGCUUCAUCUGGUCACCUUGACCAUGCUCUACAUCGCCACGCUGGACAAGUCCUGGUGGGUUUGGGAUGAUUUGGAAAUCACAGACCUGUGGUAUAACUGUUUCCAUGAUAACGCCACAAACGCCUGGUUGUGUGCUGCUACCAGGGAAAAUGACUGGCUGCAGUCCAUCCAGGCCCUCAUGGUCCUCUCUUUGGUCUUCUCCUCCGUCUCCUUCCUGGUGUUCCUCAUUCAGCUGUUCACCAUGUCCAAGGGGCGACUCUUCUACUUCACAGGCCUCUGCCAGGCUUUUGCAGGUUUCACAACCUUUGCUGCUUGCCUCAUCUUCACCUUCCACAGAAAGGACAUUUUUACUGAAUCCAGAGAUUUUAAAGAAGGACGCUUUGGCUACUGUUUCAUCCUGGCGUGGCUGUGCGUCCCGCUCCUCCUGGUCAGCGGAGUCCUUUAUUUCCACCUGCGCAAGAAGCAAUGAGACAAAUCCAAAACGGACUGAAGACAUCUUGAUGAGAGUGCAAUUCUCCAGAAUUAGAGAGAAACUGGUACCUGAGUAGAUAAGAUGACUGAGUAGGAUAUGUGUCUCCAAAUUAUGAAGAUCUGUAUUCUUUCUGCACACUCGCAUGGUUUGUGUGUCAUCAUGCUGGUAUCUAUGUCCGAGAGACAUAGUUCACAAUAAUGAGCUCAUAUGCUCAAUAUGUUCUUUUUUUUGGUAUUUUGCUAUCUGUUUACUCAAUAAAAAAGGGUUUCACUCAU